AUGGCCACCCCCAUUAUCGUCGGCGUUGGCGCUAUUGCCGCUGCCAUCGCCGGUCGUACCCUUAUCCGCAGAGGUAUCAUCGGCGGGAAGAGCGCUGCUGAACAGUGGGCCAAGGGCGGUUUCAAAGCGAAGAUGGACCGAAAAGAGGCCAUUGCCAUCCUUGGACUCAAGGACGGUCCUCAAGCCAAGAACAGACUGAAGGAUGCCCACCGUCAGAUCAUGCUCGCGAAUCACCCGGACCGCGGUGGAUCACCAUAUCUUGCGAGCAAAAUCAACGAGGCCAAAGACCUGUUAGAGAAGGAGAACAGGAGAUGA